AUGUGGGACUGCAGCACGAGUGUGCAGUGUGCUAAAUCCAGACUGAGAAGGUAUGGGGUGGUAGUGGAGCACCUCUCCUGGGAGAAUUUCCUGCCCCCGCAGGACAAGACCAAGUUCCUGGUCCCGCAGGAGCUGACCGUGAUCCAGUUCCUCAGCAUCCUUCAAAGCCACGUGGUCCUCGGGGCCACUGAAGCCUUUUACUUGCUAGUGAACAAGAGUACGGUCAGCAUGAGCAUGACCAUGGCAGAGGUCUACAGGGACUACAGGGACGAGGACGGCUUCGUGUACAUGACCUAUGCCUCCCAGGAGAUGUUCGGCUGA